GACUCGGCUGUUAAUCGGAUUAGAGCGACUGUGGUUCAAAUCGGGACUUUUAGCAGCGUUUCCUUCACGGUCCUCGCCAGCGGCCGUCCACAGCACCGCAGAUCUCCCCGACCGGUUUUACUGAAGAGCCGCAGAGAAAUGCCUGUUGAUAUGAACGGAUACUGGAAAAUGAUUUCCAAUGAAAACUUUGAAGAGUACAUGAAGGCUCUCGAUGUAAAUGUUGCCAUCAGAAAAAUUGCUCUUUUACUGAAGCCUGACAAGGACAUCGUUCACGACGGGGACCACUUGAUCAUCAAGACCCUCAGUACCUUCAAGAACUACAACAUGGACUUCUACGUGGGCAAAGAGUUUGAGGAGGAUCUCUUAGGAGUCGAUGACAGAAAAUGCAUGACUUUUUUAGCAGUCUUCUUUGUGACUGGGCAUAAUGAAGACCAAUGGCAGGCACUGCAGGAAAAGUCCUGGAACAGGCAGAACCACCAUCAACUGGGAGGGAGACAAACUGGUGUGUGUUCAAAAGGGAGAGAUUGAAGGAAGAGGCUGGACCCAAUGGGUGGAGGGUGAUGAGCUUCAUCUGGAGCUGAGAGCUAAAGGUGCUGUUUGCAAGCAAGUUUUCAAGAAAACCUAAAGAGAGUUCCUACAGAAACAAGCUCAGAGAGACACACCAGAUGCACCUUACUACACCACAUCCAGCAUACUUUCAUCCUGCCACUAUCCUGUUAAGCACAUUGUUUUUACAGCAACAAAAUUUUAGAUUUAAUAUGAACUGUUGCCUUAGUUAUCAGGGCAGGUAGGCAUGAAGCAAUGCUGUAUUAUUGUGUCAGGGCAGGUGCUUUGAUAAGCAGGUUUAGAUGAGCUGCUAGCUGCAGCUGUAACUGAUCUGAAUGUUGAGACAGACUGAAAAAUGGCUUAGUGGAAUGCUAAAAUAAGGUAGUUCUUUACGAAAAUGUUCUCGAUAGAAGCUGAUGACAUCUGAGUUGACCUGAGUGCUCUGGAUUUCUUUGUCCAAUUUAAUUAGUCCCCAGAAUAAGCAUCAGAUAAGAUGGCUGCACAGUAUGUAUUUCUGUCAAAUCUAUUGAAAAUGUACCACUGAUAUUAACAGGAAUUAAUCAAUAAAUGAAGGAGGUCUCCACA